CUCCGCAGGACCGGGGCUGUUUGGUGGGAAUCAUUUUCUUCAUCCUGGGCCUGGGAACGCUGCUGCCAUGGAAUUUCUUCACAACCGCCUCCCUGUACUUCCAGAGUCGCCUCAACAGCACCGAGUUCAGCAACGGCUCGUCGGUCCAGAAAGAAUAUUACUUCAACAACUGGAUGACCUUCCUCUCCCAGCUGCCCCUGCUGGUUUUUACGCUCCUCAACUCCUUCCUGUACCACAGGAUAUCGGAGGCCAUCCGGGUCGCGGGCAGCCUCGUCUUCAUCCUGCUGCUCUUCAUCUUCACGGCGGUGCUGGUCAAAGUGGACAUGGAGCAGGACUUGUUCUUCUCGGUCACCAUGGCGACCAUCUGGUUCAUCAACUCGUUCGGCGCCGUCCUGCAGGGCAGCCUGUUCGGCCUGGUGGGGCUGCUGCCCCAGAACUACAGCGCCGUCUUCAUGAGCGGACAGGGGCUCGCCGGGACCUUCGCUGCCAUCGCCAUGCUGCUCUCCUUAGCCAGUGACGUUGACUCUGAAACUGCAGCCUUGGGUUACUUCAUCACACCGUGUGUCGGGACUCUGGUCACUCUGCUCAGCUACCUGCUGCUGCCUCGCCUGGAGUUUGCUCAACAUUACCUGAACAGAAGCAGCAAAUAUGAGGAAGGAACCACAGACAAGCUGCUAAACGACGGAACCAGAGUGGAGAACGGGAAGCUAAACGGCCACGCUAACGGAUCGGUGGCUAACGUAGAGGUCGAGCCUAGCGGCGAGGCGGAGGCCAAGGUGGAGAUCAACCCCAGCAGCACGAAGCAGACCAGCGAUCCUGCAGAGAAAGCCUCGGUCCUGGAGGUCUUUAAAAAGAUCUGGGUGAUGGCGUUUUGUGUGACGUUCGUGUUCACCGUCACUCUGUCCGUAUUCCCCGCCGUCACAGCAGACGUGAAAACCUCAUUCCCUGGAAAAUGGGAGCGCUACUUCAUCUCAGUCUGCUGCUUCCUGGUUUUCAACAUCCACGACUGGCUCGGCCGCACCGUCACCACCUGGGUGCAGUGGCCUUCCAAAGAGUCUCGUCUCUUCCCGCUGCUGGUGGUCCUCAGGGCGGUCUUCGUCCCCCUGCUGAUGUUCUGUAACGUCCAGCAGCGCUCCAACCUUCCCGUCCUCUUCUCACACGACGCCCUCUUUACCGCCAUCAUGGCCUUCUUCUCCGUGUCCAGCGGUUACUUCGUGUGCCUCUCCAUGUCCUACGCCCCGCAGUGAGU